UUUUUUUCCAAACUGAAAAUAAGAAAAAGGAGGAAAAAAGAAAAGAAGAAAAUUCCUUCUCUUCCCUUUCUCGCCAACUGUAGACUGGAGAUUCUGGUUUCGAUCGCUUUGUGUUCAAAUUUCUUCACGCUUGUACGUCCGGUUCUAGGGUUUGCUCAGUUCUUCCAAUUUCCUGUUCUUAUAUUUCUCAGGUACUUCAAUUUCUCAGUUUCAUUUCCUUGAUCGUGACUUUUGAAGUCAAAAUUGAUCAAUUCUAGUCCAAAACCCUAGUUCUUGUCUGGCUGCUUGAAAAUUAGGGGAAAACUGAAGGAAGAAAAAUUUCUCCAUUUUUAUGAGCUCUGUUGUGUUUUUUUUUUUACAAAGUAAUUUAAUGAUUUAACUUUGUCAAUUUAGUUGGAUUUGGAUCAGUUUGCAUGGGUUUGAUGAUUGGGGUCUUAUACUUCCAGAUGCGAAAUUCCAUUGAGUUCCAUUUUCCUGCAUUUUCAUUUGGUAUCGUUUAUGAAGCUUGUGUGUGAUAGUUGAGAUUAAAGGAGUGGAACAACAAAUAGAUAAAUGAUGCUCAAUGCCUUAUCAACAUGUUGAAUCUAUUUGGCUAUUCUGAUUGUAUAGUGGGUAUCCUGGGAAUAUGAACAUUUUUUCAUUGACUGCUGACCCAAUGUGAAUAUAGAGGAAAUUGAUGAGGCUUUUCUGGUGAUGACGUCUUAGUCACGAUAAUGUAAACGGACAAGGUUAAAAGGAAUAGUUUAUUGUCUCAGGCUCUCAGCCAGCAAGCUGGAAUUCUUUUGGCAAACAGGAGUUACAAAUUAGAUUGUGAUUUUCCAUUAAUGAAUCUUGGCCCUCAUGGUUAUCCCUUUUCUUCCUCAUUUUUAUUUAGCUCAUCCUUACUAAAAUAGAGUUCUUUUGAAUUUUGCACUGAGUUGGAGGUCUAAGGGAAUAUUAUGGUGGUCUUUUGAAGUUGCAGCUCAUCAGUAUCUAGUAUUCUAGAUGCCUUAGCAUGGACAUGGAGUCACAGGUCUGCUUGGGCUCUAAAGUACAUUCAUGCAUUGAGAAUACUUCAAUUCAGCAUGGGGAUACUGGUAUAACAUCAUUGAUCCAAGAUCGUGUUGAGCCACAACAGCCAGCAAAAAGACCAACACGACAAUGGGCUGCUUGGACACGUGAAGAAGAAGAAAGUUUCUUCACUGCAUUACGUCAAGUUGGGAAGAACUUUGAAAAGAUAACCCGUCGUGUACAAAGCAAAAACAAGGAUCAGGUCAGGCAUUAUUACUAUCGUCUUGUGAGGCGAAUGAACAAAUUGCUGGGUCCAGGAUUAUGUCUAGAUGCGAAAAACUCCAAAGAUACAAAUGCUGCAAUGCUUCGAUGGUGGUCUUUAUUGGAAAAAUACAGCUGCAAGGCCUCAAAGCUUCACUUGAAGCCACGUAGAUUUAAGAUAUUUAUAGAAGCACUGGAGAACCAACUCUUAAAAGACCGAAAGAAGAAUGUAAGGAAACGGCCUCCACAGUUGGAAAAUGGUCCUCCUACAGUUCCAAAUACUGUUACAAGUCAGAAUAGAGCGUCGGGGCAUGAAACUAGAACUGUUAAAUUGGUUCUUGUGGACAGUCAAAACUUACAAAGGUUAGGAGCUGGAAAGGGAUCAUUGAAGCGCAAUGUUAACAUAGGUGUUAUCCGCAGCAACAGAGGAGACUCAACUGCAAUGAAGCCUGCAAGGCAGAGGCGGAAACAAGGCAUGUUCAAGUCAGCUGCAUAUAAAAAAUGGGAAAAAGCUGCUAUUGCCGGGGUUUCUUUGGUUGCUGAUGCUGCUGAGCAUUUGGAGCGGACAGCCACUGAUAAAGGGAUUGAACACGAACACAGUAUGGCAGAAUGUAAGAGUCCUGACCCUAUGGAAAAGGGUGUGCCCCCUUUGCCUGCCUUUUCUCAAAAUCAUUAUGUUGGGAGCAAUGCUCAGACUAAUAUGAAACUUAAGCUCCAGUUGUUCCCAAUUGAUGAUGGCACUCGAAGAGCCUUAGAAAUGGAUAAACAUAAUCCAUACCUGGAGCUGACUCUUAGUACUCGGAAAAAGAUAUCAUCAGUGCUGGAACACCUUAAUCAGAAAUGGGGCAAUUCAAGAAUAGCAUCAGGAGAGUUAAUGCUUUUCCCUUACAGUGCUCAUAGAGAAAAUUUUGUAGGUCAUCAGAGAUGGACUCAAGACGCCAUUGUCAGUGCAGCAGAUGUACACACUUCAAUUGGAAGCCCUCCAGUGUUCCGCUUGAGGUAUGGUUGGUUUUCCACCAUUGAAUUGGCAUCUGCGACACUGCAAGAAACUUCAGUAUCCAAUUCCAUUCCUGGUAGAGAUACUGUUGAUGUGGAAAAUGAAAAGAGAAAGAUUGUGGACUCUGUAUCAUCUUCUGGACUCUCAGCUGAUGAUAAAUCUGAGGAAAAUAUGACACACUGUGAGGAUCAGCUAACUAUAGGAAACAAGCUUCAUGCUUCUGCACCACAGUUUACAAGUGUGCCCGAUGAUCUAAGUGGGUUCAUUGCAACAGAACCUAGCAAUAACAUUGUCAUGUCCUCUGACUCUGCAGCAAGAGAAUCAUGGCAUGAAAAGGAGGCUGUUGACGGGGCAAAUAUGAAACAAUUAGAUAAUGUAGAUGACCUGAGACUGAGCAGUGGCACUGCAUUAUCUGCUGGGGAAUGGGCUGACAGCCUCACCAACAUUAGUGUUGGAGAUCUACUGUCAGAAGUGCCUCAUGAUGUGGAUCCUAACUGCUUUGAACCACCUAUUGCUCAAAGUGGGCAAUGUAUUCAACAAAUACCAUUUAGCUGCGAUUCAUUUGAUGCUGCUAUUGCUGCUCAUAUGUCAAGACAUCAAAAUAAGAUGGAAUUUUCUUCGGCAGUGGCAUCCCACACAUCUUCAAUUUGGGAUGCUGAAGAAACAUGUGAUGCCUUCUCAUUUCAAAAGGAUCACGCUUUCUACCAGGAAAUUCCUACUUCAAUUGAUGUUAUCACUCCGGACACUGACAAACAGAUGAACUCAAUGGUUUCUGGUGACUUCAUUGAGGGCUCGCCUAAUGGGGAGGGGCAUGUGGAUUAUCCUGCUGAAACUGGUCCUAUGAAUGAAUGUUCACCUGAUCCGCAUGGUGUGGACAACUCGGCUAAAGAUUUCACUGGACUAACAGAUAUUUAUUGGCCUGAAUCUUUAGGACCAUUGGAUCUGGAUAUCCCUUCAUCUAAAUACCAUAAUGAAGAGUUUAUUUUAAGUGAUAGCCUAAGUGGUUUGAACCGGCUGAUAGCCAGCAGCUUGGAUGCAUUUCAAAAUUGCUCCUUCUUUGGGCUGGACAAGAAAGACUUGAUGCCUGUAAUCGAAGCUCGCGAAAGUACCUCGUUUUCAGAUUUUAAAAUUGGCAACGGGGCAUAAAAAAAUUCAGACCUUGAGGGAUUACCUUUUCUUGGAGUAUAAUGACUAAUCGAUUUUUAUUUUCACUGACGGAAGGAGAGUGUGCUGAGGGGUUGGUGCAAGCCAAGAACAUUCUGGUUGUGUAUGGAAAAAGUUCCCUGAUCAGAGUCUCCAGCCUUUGUACAAAAAUAGACUUUGGACAGUUUCAUACGUUUUCUUUCUUUAUAUUGCUUUAUAUUUUCAUUACAAUCCUGUAUAUUUUUCUUCACAGCUAAUGCAACUGUGCAACCCUUGUGGGUUAAAAGAACCUUUUUGUCUGA